AUGUCGGCCCUGCAGACCUUCAUGUUAGUGGUGGACCACGACAAAGAAGAAGCUAAACGCAUCGCCGACGGCGUCGCCCAAGAUGUCGAGAGCAAGAAGACGACCCUAAUUGAAAUUGUUCAGCAACUUGGCGAAUACAUCAAUGAUGAAGAUCCUAUACUCCGUGGAAAGGCCGUCUCCUUCCUCACCUCGGUCAUUAAGGCGCUGCCGCCCAAGUUCCUGACCCGACAACAGGUUCAGGUCUUGACGUCCUUCUUCUGUGAUCGAAUUGAGGAUGGGGGUGCUGUUGCGGGAUUGGAUACGCUGCAAAAGCUGGAUCGGUUUACGAAGAAAUUGGCUGCUGAGAUAGCGCAAGCUCUGUUCUCCCAUUUCCAGGACCUCCAAUCCCGAUCCCAAUCGCAGCGGUUCCAGGUUUACCAAUUGCUCAAUGAGUUGAUGUCAUCACACCGUGCCGCAUUGCGCGAUAUGGGCGAAACCUCCCUCGUUGGAAUCGUGGAUCUCAUGACGGGUGAGAAGGACCCACGCAAUUUGAUGAUGGUUUUCUCCAUUAUGAAGGUGGUCAUGAUGGAAUGGGACAUCACAAACCACGUCGAGCUGCUCUUUGACUCGGUGUACAACUACUUCCCAAUCACCUUCCGACCUCCACCAAAUGACCCAUACGGAAUUACUGCCCAGGAUUUGAAAGGUCGCCUGCAGGACUGUAUCUCUUCCACCAGACAUUUCGCUCCUCAUUCCAUUCCGGCAUUGCUCGAUAAGCUAGACUCUACCUCUGUCAAUGUCAAAAAAGACGCUCUCAACACUUUGAUCGCCUGUAUUCACUCAUACGAUCCCGACACUGUGUCUCGCUACUCAAUUACUAUCUGGGAGGUGCUGAAGUUUGAGAUUCUCAACGCUCAAGAAGAAUUCCUCUCCGAGUCUUCUCUGCAAGCUCUGCAAGACAUCGCCAAACGCCUCUCGGAAGGUGUCACUCAGGUCUCCCAGGACCUGCCCCUUGCGCAGUAUCUGCGCCCAAUCACGAAGGAGUGCAAUGACCAGUUGCAAGAGCCCCAGCAGAAGCAGGCGAAGCCCGCGCAGCAGAUUCUCAAAUUCUUGUCAUCUGCUUCAGCCUUUGCGUUUACCAUCAUCGUUCAAACUGUCGUCGCCCCAAUCUUCACCAUUUACCAAGAAGCAGAUGGCAUCGCCAAGCAAAGAGCUCUUAUUGAGACUCUGUCAGUGCUGUUCGAGUCCGCAAUCCAAGUAUUCGGCCAAUGGACAACUCGAGGAGGUGAAGUCUCGCUCGGGAACCCAUUGCUUGAGUUCAAGGAUCAAUUCUCGGAUGUUCUGGGUCAGGCACUGAUGGGUUCUGCCAAGGAAGAAGUUUCUUUCCGGGUGACUGCUCUGAAGGGAUUCCUUCGUCUUUCCACCCUGCGUGAUUUCUUCCAGGACAAUGAGAUUGGCUUGUUCGUUCAGUAUCUGGAUGAGAUUCUGCUCCAGGAGGAGUCCACCGGCCGAGGUGACUUGAAGAAGGAAGCGAUUGCGGCACUUGCUGAAAUCUCCAAGCAUAAGCCUCGCCUGAUUAUGGAUAUCACCUUUCCUGCGUUUGUCGCGACGCUUCCAGAUGAGGAUGAUGGCACAAACUCGACCUAUCUUUCUACACUGGAUACCCUGGCUCAGAUCAGUGUCGAGAGAGACAUCUUCGAGACUCUAUUCCGCCGUCUGUUCAGCAAGCUGACUGUUCUGCUCCAAAAGGAGCAACCUGGUGCUAUCGAGUAUCCAAGGGCCAUUCUCAUGACCCUAUUCUUUGUCAUGCAGCAAAGAAAGAUGGAUACUGAUCCGAGCGUGGAUCUCUACUUCGACAAGAUCGUUGUUGGCCUCUGCCGUAGUGCCUCAGAGUCGGCGUCCAGCAAGGGAAAGAACCAGAUUCUCAAAGAUUCUAUUGUCCUGGACACGCUCGGUCGGCUCUGCAACCUGCUUGUGCGUUCAGUCUCUGUCCAGAAACAGCAGCAAGUAGCAGAGAAUGUCUACAAACUUUUCUCUGCAACCGAGGAUUUUGUUCCCGUUCCUUUCGCACAAGGCGCAACAGCCGAUCAAGAACGCACGAUUAUCAUCUCCACAUACCUUCUCGCAGGCCUGUCCAAGGACUGCAGCAGCCACAUCCCUUAUACCUCCCCCAACAUGUCGGAGCUUCUUUCAGAUUUGGUGCAGCGUUGUGUAUCUGAAACUUCGGAGCCGGCUACACACCUGGCAUUCCUGCGCCAUCUGGCUUUGCUUGUCAACAAGUUCCUGUCAAAGGAAGACUUGAAUAUUGCAGAGAAUCUAUUUGAUUCUCUCGUUUCUUCGGAUAAGCAGAGUUACAGCCCAGCUACUAUCCGCACCAUUUUCUGGCUCUCCAAGGCCCUUGUCCUCCGACUCGCUCCGACAACCACCCAUAUACUGACCUCUCUUUUGGGUCUUCUUUCAUCGCCCGAUCAGCAGACUAGCACUUCUACUGCUCGUGGUUUCUCCAUUCUUCUUGGUGACGACGACGUAGUCUCCACAACAAAUGGUGCAUCAAUCCGCCUACUGUGCAAGCAACGUGUCUUCACAACUGUCAUCCCGAUGAUCUCUUCGCGAAUUCGCGAAGUUAACGUUGUCGCGAGUGACGACUCCGAACCCACCAAGGCUUUGGACCACAUCAAGCCGGCCCAUCUUACAGCACUUGCCGGCAUCCUCUCAACCAUCUCCACGGCCCUAGUCAUGCCUGAACUUCCCACUCUACUCCCUCUCCUCCUCCAAUCCCUUGACCUCCAAACCUCCGACUCCGUCGCCGUCCGCGCAGCUACACUCGACACUCUUGCAGUGAUCAUCCGCGACAAUGGCGUCGCUGUGAUCGAUAAGUGCGGGCACGUCCACAGCCUCGUUGUGAGACUACUCAAGACUACAGAGAUCAAGUCUGACGUCGUCAACCCGCCUCGUCUCCGUGCUGAUUCUCUGAAAUGUCUUUACCUCUUGGCUGCUAAACAGACACCUGGUGAUUCAGCAGGUACCGCUCGCCUACCCCCGUCUAUCUCCCCACUUCUACCGGAAAAGAUCCAAGUCUUGCGCUCCCUGCGUGCUGUCUUGGAUGAUCCUAAGCGAGACGUGCGGAAGGCGGCGGUUGAUGCUCGUAGCGCGUGGCUGCGUAGUGUGGAUGAUGCGCCGGAGGAUGAUGACUGA